AUGCGCGGCCUGCACGCGCUGAACGCCCGCGCAGCCUUCUACCUGAGCGGCUUUGUGGUGCGCGUCCGCGGCACCCUGUCCCCCGAGGCGCCCGUGCUGGUGGCGGCGCCGCACUCCUCCUUCGUGGACGCGAUCGUGCUCUUCUGCUCCGGUCUGCCGUCCGUCAUCUGCCGCAGCGAGACCAUCGAGCUACCAUUCCUGGGCACGAUGACCGACUACACGCAGCCUGUGUAUGUGCGCCGGGAGGACCCCAACUCCCGACAGAACACCAUCAGGGAGAUACAGCGGCGCGCGCGCAGCCGCGGACAGUGGCCGCAGAUGCUGCUCUUCCCCGAGGGCACCUGCACGAAUCGCUCUUGUCUGGUUCAGUUCAAACCGGGCGCCUUCUAUCCAGGCGUGCCCGUUCAGCCGGUUUUGGUUCGCUAUCCGAACCGUUGCGAUACGGUGACGUGGACGUGGGAAGGACCGAGUGCGUGGGUAGUGCUCUGGCUGACGCUGACUCAGAUCGUCACCUUCUGCGAGAUUGAGUACCUGCCCGUGUACGUGCCGAGCGAAGAGGAGAAGGAGAACCCGCGCCUGUUCGCGAGUAACGUUCGUGCGAGGAUGGCAGAGGCGCUGGGCGUUCCGGUGGUCGACUACACGUUCGAUGACUGUCGCCUGAUGAGCAGAGCCUGCUCCUGGGGCCUGCCCUGCGAGACGGGACUUGUGGAGGCGACCAAAGUGAUGCACGGGCUCGGCAUCAACAUAGAAACCGCGGAAGCCGAGAUGGACCGCUUCGCCAGCAUCGCGCGGAAGGAGGACGGCCUGAUGAGGAUGAGCGACUUCGCCGCCCACCUGGCCAUCCCCACCUCCGUGCCGCAGCUGGUUGAGCUCUUCAACCUCUACGACAGCAACGGCGACGGCGUGGUCGACUUCCGCGAGUACCUGGUGGCCGUCACCCGCCUGGUCCGGCCGAUCAACACCGAGGAGACCAUCAGUCUCGCCUUCCGCAGGAUGGACGUCGGCGAGAAGGGUCACGUGACGCGCCGUGACGUCACCAGGGCAAUGGACAUCGUGUUUGACAUGACCGAACAGGAGGGGAGCAAGCUCUUCGACCAGGUGCUCAGCCGAAUGUAUAGCUUCCACCACUUCUCGCUGGACGGUCGCUGGCACGACUAG